CCUGGAAGUGACUGGCAUCCCUUGAUGCUACUCAGCUUGUCUUAGUUGAGACACUAAUCCAGCAUUAAACUUAUCAUGGCAGCUUUCAAGCAGAGAAUGAACUGAAACGAAUUAUUAAAGGAGGAACAAAAUCCUUCAGUUCAGACCUGUAUGGCCUGUGGGCCUCAUCCAGUGGCUCCACGUAGCUCAAGCCUCAUACACAGAUAUAUAAAUACACAUGGUGUGUACGUAGACAGCAUUGCAAUACCUGUAGUGCACAUCUCCUGGCGAUUGUCUCCACCUCAGCAGCUUCAUCCCAAGAAGCCAUUCACUAGCUCACUGCACAAAGGACAGCCUUUGCAAGUGUGUGCCAAUUGAAGAAUUCAUACCUUUGUGAGACAUGGAGAGCAGAAAUGAUAUCAAAUCAGAUGAGAUCCUCCUGCCUGGGUUCCGGUUUCAUCCUACUGACGAAGAGCUAGUUAGUUUCUACCUCAAGAAGAAGAUCCAGCAGAAGCCCAUCUCCAUUGAGCUCAUCAGGCAGCUGGACAUCUACAAGUUUGAUCCAUGGGACCUCCCAAAGCUUGCGAGCACCGGCGGUGAGACAGAGUGGUACUUCUACUGUCCAAGGGACCGUAAAUAUCGCAACAGUGUGAGGCCAAACCGGGUCACAGCAGCUGGGUUCUGGAAAGCCACGGGAACAGAUAGGCCGAUUUACUCCUCCGUGGGCACCAGGUGCAUAGGCCUGAAGAAGUCCCUUGUCUUCUACAAAGGCAGAGCAGCAAGAGGGAUGAAAACCGACUGGAUGAUGCAUGAGUUUAAGCUCCCUUCGCUCACCGAUCCGUCACUUCCCAAGAGCAGGCCAAUCGACAAGAACAUCCCGCUCAACGACUCUUGGACCAUAUGUAGAAUCUUCAAGAAGACCAGUUCGAUGGCGGCGCAACGGGCACUGUCUCACACUUGGGGGCUUCCAUUGCCCGGGGCAACUGAGCAAGAUCUCUUCUCUGCCCUGCAACCGGUGCAAGCUUUACACUAUGCUUCAGAGAGCUCCUCCCGCCCAUUGCAAGUUGCAGCUGUGGCACCAUCAAAUCCGUUCAAUGGCAAUUAUGGCUUUCAGGGACAGCACCAGCAGUUUCAGAAACCCAGCAACACACAGGAGGAUGGCUCUUCAUGCAAGGUCAUAAGCUUCAACUGUCGUCCAUCUCUGCAAGUCCUGAAAGGCCCCAUCGUCUUGCCAUUCCAAACACAACCGCCAUCGCAGAAGCAUGUGCACAUUGCGCCACCACUCUUCUUUGACACGCAGUUCGGGCAGCAUGAGCAGACUACAGGCUUUGUGACUGGUUCUUCUGCAGAUGUAAAUGCCGGCAUGAGCUGCAGGGACCAAGAGUCAGCCACAACGAAGCAUGGCAAUACUUUCAGCAUGAACAAUGAGCGGGAGGAUCCAGGUCUGGGGAGACUCAACUUCCCAUUCAAUUUAGAAGCAGACUCUCCAGAUGACUGGGAGUGCAACAUACCUUGGGAAUCCUUUCUUAGCCCAACACUCCCUGCUGAGAUCUCACAGUACUAGAUAACUAGCUUGCCCUGCACAGAGUCACCUUCAUAUGUUAGCAUUUCUGUUAGCAAAGGCGCCAGCAUAGUUUGUUCAGUUUUGAGUUAGAUGUAUUGUACUCCCUCU